AUGACUGAAACAAAAUACGCAGUUGUUACUGGUGCAUCCUCGGGAAUUGGAUAUGCAAUCACAGACGAAUUAGCUGGAAAAGGUUACGUUGUCUACGCAGCAUCAAGGAGAACCGCUCCUCUCGAGCCUCUCGAGCAAAAAUAUGGUAUCGAGAAAGUUAUCGGUGUAAAGUUGGAUGUCUCUGAACCGGAUGAAAUCAAAGCGUUCCGUGAACGCUUGGAGAAGUCUUUACCCGAUGGCAAACUGCACCUACUAUUCAACAAUGCAGGCCAAGGCUGCGUGGUCGCAGCAACCGACGUUACAAACGACCAAAUAGAGCAAUGCUUCAAGGUCAACGUUUUUGGAUCUAUGAAUAUGACUAAAGAAUUGGCUACCUUGGUAAUUAAUGCAAAGGGAGUGAUUAUCUUCACUGGUUCCAUGGCCGGAGUCGUCGCCACCCCCUUUUCUAGCGUCUACGCCAGUACUAAGGCUGCUAUCCACCAAUACGCACAUGUGCUGCAUCUCGAAAUGAGACCCUUAGGCGUUAAGGUUAUCAAUGCUAUCACUGGCUUUGUGGGAACCAACAUCAGUAACUCAAAAAACUCUAUCCCAGAGGACAGCCUAUUUGCAACACCAGAAGGCAUCAAGCUUCUGGAAGAACGCAGAAAUAUGGUCAAAAAUAACAAUCCAAUGCCUGCCAACAUCUACGCGCAAAAGCUUGUUAAAGAUGCGCUAUCCUCUGCGGACCCUGUUGAUGUCUACAGAGGUACUAGUGCAUCCAUCUUCUUAUGGAUUACUAGACUCUUCCCAGUCAAAUUAAUAGAAUACGGCAUGUACAAGAAAUUUAACACCCAGCCCGCCUACGACGCUAUUAAUAAGAGAAAGAAGGAUUGA